CGCACCCCGCGAUGAUCAGCAAGAUGAGCAUUUUGCUAUUGUUCGCUUUACCAAACAGUAAGUGAAUUGUCGCUUGAAUUCGCUUUGAAUUCUUACGAUACAUAUUUUAUUCUGACAAAUUAUGGUAAAGGUUAAAAUAUAACAAUGUAUGAAAGGGUUGGCUUAACGAUUGGGAAUGUUGUUAAGACUAGAAUUUAGAAUUGUAAUGGACCUAAUCUUGUUGUAAACAAGAUAAUCAAAGGUCGAUUUUCGCUGUCCCGCUGUUCAAUGUUGGUUUUUUAACGAUGAGUGUGAACUGUGAAUCUCUCCGACUUGUGCUGAAUUAAAAUUUUUGUGUUGUCUGGGAAAGAAGGAUUCAUUUUCGACAUGUUUUGUUCGUUGAUUUCGCAUCUAUAUGAAACCACAUAAUAAUCGAAAUCGACAUCUACCGCAAAUGAAAGUAAUAAAGCAAAGAAUCGGUUAGGGCUUCAGUAUCAUACACCAAAGGAUAGGUAAAAUAUCAAUGAACUCAGUGGUGAAAAAUAUAAUAUAGUUUUUAUUUCGGGCGGAGUAUCCUCUUCUUUACCGACCGCAAACUGCUUUAUUUCGAUUCCACUUUCUACAGAAAAUCGACAAAAAAGGUCAUUACGUUCUAGUGAUGUUGUUGUUGUUGGUUAUUAUCGACGGCUUUUCCUUUUUUACGCAUCCGUAAAAACAUAAAUUCGUAAAAUACAAAUACAUGUAUGUCAAGUUUGGCUGACAAAGUCCAUUGUCAUCACCUUUGUGAGUUUACUUUGCCGAAAAUUAAUUAGAAUAGAAGAGGAAAAAGAUUCUGAUUGGACGCCAUUAUCAACUGUGCCACAAAGCUUCGUUUCCAGGGUCCUUUCUUUUCCUCCCUCGAUAAUGAGAUUAAAUAAUGUCUGAUUUAAAUCAUACUGGAUCCCUGAAUGAUAAUUCACGAUAAAAUAAUUAGAUAAAUUUGGGGAUCAAUUUGUGAAAUAACUCUAUAAUUUCAGUAGUUCUGGCCAUCACCUGCAACACUUGCACACCAAACCCACCUACAGUGUUAUGCACAAAGCCGGGUGAUUUGAAUGUCACCGAUUGUGACGCGGAUUAUGACGUGUGUAUCAAAAAAUUAGCUGUAGCCAAAAGGGGACAAAUGAAACAGACUAGGAAUAUGUUUCGCUGUGGAAUGAAGGUAAGCUUUGAUCCUGUGCGAUUAAAAUUUGGCUUUUUCUGCUUAACUGGUGAAGUUAACUAACAUUAUUCAAGUCAAAUUUCAUUUCGUCAUUUCGGCGUUAUCAGGACGCCUUUAAGAAUAGAUGAAAAAGGAAGAAAAAGCGAAGCGAACUUCUCAGUAGAUGGUGUGGAGGUACAGGGGGCAUAGCUGGGGGGGGGGGAGUAGUCCUAAGGUUGGGUAUAAAUAGGGGGUAGUCCUGUGGUGGGGCAUGGAUAUGGUGUGGUUCGGGGGUGUCAUGUGACCCUUCUCUAGUUUAGAUAAGUUUGGCUCUCAGUCUAUUCCAUAAAAGCCUUCUGUAAUUCAGGUUCGCGAAAACGUACUAAUCCGAAGAAUCUUCAUGGCUUAGACCUUACAGGGUUCGAGAUACCCCAUUUACCUGUCCUUCUCACCGCGUGAUCUCAGAUGAACUCGAGCUCAGUGAUACACAUGAAAGAGAAGAGGUGUAAGCUACUUUCAUGUAAGACGCGCGAAACUACUCCGAGUGGUGGAGUGGAACAUUUUCAAAACAGUCCAAGUUUAGUUUAGAAUUUCGACACAGUUUAAAACUGUUCUAAAAUAAUUUCUUGUGCAUCAAUCUCGGCAAAGAGAUGAAUCACUUGUAAACAAUCAAAGUUCUCGCACAAAAUCUCAUUGCAAUUAACUAAUUCAGAGGUGUAGAUAAGUGUUUCGAUAUAAGAGGCUGGGGUGAGAUGGGGAGUACAAUAAUAAUUUUAAUCUAACAGGUCGCAAACAAACAAGUUUUUUUAUGAUAAAACAUUUUCACUUUUCUAGAAAGGAUGGGCAGUGACACGAAAGCUUUGACAAUUUUUCCCCCCCUCUCCCCCAGCUUACUCCUUAAAAAUGUUCAAGAAAUAACUCUUUUCGACCAUUGCUAUAAUUUAUUUUCUUUUUCCUUAUUUCAAUCUUUAUACAGGCAGAGUGCCAAGACCUCCAGGCAAAGUCUUGCAAUGCCUCGCAUCUGCAACCUGAAGAGACCUUUGAAAAAUGCGAAGCUACGUGCUGUGAACAGAACAUGUGCAAUGGGCUUGUAAACAACACCUCGCCAAGUGUAAACGCCUCACCAAGUGGCCCAGCAACCAGUGUUCUUGUAAAACCUACUGCCACAGAAGCCUCACCAGAACCUGUCAGCGGUGCCACAGCAUACAACAAAGUUGUAUCAUUCGCUACCAUCUUUACAAGCGCACUCUUUGUGCUUUUUUUUGUUUACUGACUUUGAGCAGUAAUCAUUGUAAGAGUGCUAAAAACAACGUUUACCAGGUGCUACAAUCUGUUUGUUUUUGUUUGUGUUUUACUAUUUAAAGAAGAAUAAUUAGUUUCGGCUAGCUGAUCAAAUUUCUCAUCUUAUGCAAUUACUUUACAUACAGUAUAAGUGAAUUAAGAGGCCACCCGCUGUAUUCCCGCUUGUAUCAGAGUUAGACAAGUCCAUUAAAUUGGAUAGAACUGUUUUUAUUGUUGAACACUAAAUAGAAAAGAGUAAGUGAUCCGUCGCCUUUUAAACGGGACCUUUGAGUCACAGAUUUCUAAUAGUCAACAAAUGAUGAAAUCUAAACUGCAAUAGGACGAAGAGAAAACGAAAAUUUCUUAUCAAGUUGUUUGCUUAGAAAGGGUUUAUGUAACUCAGGUGCUUAAUUUUGGUGUCUACGUCUAUUCAGGAAGAUUAGUUUCAGUGUAGUUUCAUUUUUCAAUAGAUAGAUAAUCAAGUUAAUAAAAAUGUUGGACUUGAGACGUAUUGUUUUCCUUAUACAGAUUUUCGGUUGAUAUGGCACCCACUAAUACUUAUACAGUAAACAUUUUAGCUGCUAUUCCUUUGGCCUGUUAGGAAUUCUUCAAUCCAUCUUGAUCCUCAGAUUAUUUUCUAUUAACUUUCCAGUAAUUCUCCCGGCGUGGUAGUUCGUAAUCUGUCUCGUGAGAGAGUCAUUCCAUCUACUAUUGAUACGAAAUGUUUAAUUAAACAGGCAAGCUGUUUUGCGCGGGUUUUAUGGUUAUGGUUUGCAAAGGUUUUUGAGAAUUAGUUUACAUCAAUUACUCGGUUUGGCGCGGCCAUGAGAAAAAGCAAACAUGAACAGCGACUCAAGAAUUUUCCAGUCGGCGACUCAAACUUUUUAUUGAAACAAAGUGCAUUUUGACAACUUGUAAUUGUCGUAUUUGCACAUUUCUAAUGUACAAUUGUGGUUGGAAGUUUUCGCUUAUUGGUUUCAUAUUAAUCUUGUUACGUUACGCGAUCACCGUAUGAUUAUUAUACAUAUAUAUAUGUGUAUAUAUAUACAUAUAUAUAUAUAUAUAUAUAUAUAUAUAUAUAUAUAUAUAUAUAUAUAUAUAUAUAUAUAUAUAAAUAAACUGGGCAGCAAAGGGUGAUAUUUACUCAGGUUUGUGGUUCCAUUCCAAUAUUAUAUCAGUUUACCCAACUGUUUACUACGUAUUUCCUACGAUCUUAGUCGAGUCAUAUCUAACUGCGCCGAUAAAAGUAAGUAGCCUAGCCUGAGCGAUUUUAAGAAUACCUGGUUAUGAAGCAGGGGUCGAAGGAUUCUGGUAACGUCACGAUAAAAUUAAUCUGAUCCUUCCAUAAGGCUCUGUAAGAUCAUAAUGAUCCCCCCCUACGAACAAGGGAGGUGUGACUGGUGCGACUUAUUACCAGUUGUGCUUUCAGGGGGGAGAUUAUUUACUCGUUAUGUACUGAGUGGAUUUGAGCAUAGAUACUCGAGUUAGCCUUUCGUACGCUGCCAAGUGUAAUCAUGUGACAUCUUCUCUUUGCACUGUCUUGUUAAAGUUUUGACUUCUCACCAAAAGCCGACCAACAAAUUCAUGUAUGUUUGUCAUAAGACCUUUAUUUAAAUCCUUCAUAUCCUUGAGAUAAGGAUUAAUCAACGAC